GCCAGCUGAGAUAAAUCAAGAGGGCAGCUGAAAACUGAGGCUCAAUUUGGGGCGGAAUGAAUAAAGAUUUCAACCACGAUAGAGGAAAACCUAGAACUGCAGCAGGUCCGCUUCGCACCAUUAAUGUGCACAAAUUUGCUGAGUCUCGAGCUUCUGAGCUUGAGUCUCUUCACCCAAUUGUAAAAGAACGAUUAAGUAAUGAUUUUAAAUCUCAAAGAAGCAAGAGAAGACGAACAACUGAACAUGACAAUAGACUGGCAAAGAGUAGAGCUAGAAAGAAGCAGAAAGCAGGGGAGGAUAAUGUUAUUAACCUGGACCAUUUGGAGAAAGAUAAAAAGAAACUUCCACGCCAUGUUCGUAGGAAAUUUGAACUUACAAAGAAUUCUCAAAAUGGUUUCUCAACUUCAGGAGAUAGGGCUAAGAGACUCAGAACUCACUUAUGGCAUGCUAAGCGCUUCACAAUGACAAAACUUUGGGGAUUCUAUCUGCCCCUUGGUGUGCACGGCUGGGGGAGGGGCUCAAGAGCUCUUUUGAAGAAGCUAAAAGGAGGAGUACUUGUCCAUGAUGCAAGUUAUUGCAGUGUUGUGCAGUUGGAGGGUCCAGAGGAUUUGUUGCGGUCAAUCCUGAAAACUGUGCUUGUGCCUUCUCCAUAUUCGCAUUGUGAAGAUGCUCGUAAUGACAUAAUCUCUGGUUCUAUCUAUGGUAGUGGUGAGGUGGGUGGUCCAUCUUGUGCUCCUGUAACCUAUAUGUGGCAACCACAGCAGUGUGGGACUGCUGAUACAAAGGUCGAUCGUGCCAAUCAACAGAAAAUUGAUGACUGUGCUUCUUUAAGACGGCUAUGGGUUUGGAUACAUGCUGCUGCUUUUAGUGAAGGAUAUAAUGCUUUGCAAAAUGCUUGUGAAAGGCAGGAAGAUGAUGUUGGCUCCAGAGUUAGUUGCAUUUCCCUUGAGAAUCAUCUUGGAAAGUUGGAAGUGAUUGGAUCAAAGGCAUCUGAGCUCCUUCGAAAGAUUUUACAUCCUGCAACCUGUUCUUCUGUAAGUUCUUCCCUAGUGAAGUAUGCAUCCUACAUUGGGAAUGAUGAUCAAAUCCAUUCUUCAGCAAUCUUCUCUCUCUCUAUCAGUGAUCCUCGGUUUUUGGAUAAAGAUAUUGCUAAUGCUUUGGAAGCAACGGCUCCAGCUUUACUAUCUUAUAAGAAAGAUGAGAGGGGGGGAAAUGGAACUCCAAAAAGGGAUAUGAAGUUGCUCUCAUGUUCGUCCUUAGAACAUGAAGGAGGUCAGGGCUUAUCCGAGUGUAUUGAUCUGUGGGAUUCUAAAACAGACAUUGAUCCUCCAAUUGAAGAAAGCAUCCUUUGCAUGGAGAAACACCAUCAGCGUAUGGAGUUGUUUGGUGUUGGUGAUAUGAACUCAGGCAGACAACAGCCUUCUACUGAGAGACGGUUUUCUAGAUUCUGCCCUAUACUGCUUCUGAAAAGUGAUAACCAAAAAACUUCUAUUAUAAGAUGGUCUAUUAUUCUUCCACUAUGUUGGAUUAAGGUCUUCUGGAUCUCUCUUGUGACUAAUGGUGCUCAAGCGAUUGGUUUGAGAGAGAAGCAAUGGAUUGCUAGUGAACUUGGGUUGCCAUGCUUUGCAAGGGAAUUCCCUGAUUGCAAUGCAUACUCUUGUUUUAUGGCCUUGGAAGAUGCUGCUUAUGAUGAAAAGUCUGAACUCCGUUCUCCUCACACAAGGACUUGGAAAGUUCCUAUUUCAUCUCCAUGGGACAGUGUCCGCGUUGCUCUAGAAGGACUCAGUGGGGAAGGUCAUGGUCGGAUACAACACGAACAACAUUUUCCAAACGAUAUGAUAAAAAACUUAAAAAUGAAUAAUCCAUACCUGAGAAGAUGCAAAACAGAAACAGAGAGCAGCUGCAAUGCUCCAUUUGAUGGAUUUGUGGCAAGGACAUCUUAUGUUCUGACUCAGUUUUUGAAUGAGAUCAAUGGUAGUCAUCUACUAUUAUUUCCCAAAGUGCUUCACAAGAAGAAGUGCAUAUCCAAAUUUAUGAAGGACGAAAAAAUACUCAGUGAGGAUACAGAUGGGGUCAUUUACCAGAUGAAUCGGGACCAAAAACUGUGUUUGGUCAGAGUUCUUUUGCAUGCCUACAGAGAAGGUUCGUUCGAAGAAGGAGCAGUUAUUUGUGCGCCUCAAAUUGAUGAUAUAAUGUUGUGGACAACCAGAUCAGAGAUUUCCAAAGGAGAACUUCAAGUACCUGAGUCCUUUGCAAGAUCGUGCUUCUCGCAGGAAGCAACUGGUAAAUGGGAAUUUCAAGUACCUGAAGAUCCUGCUGCCAAAGAAUCUUGUAGAUUACCGAUCGGCUUUAUUACAACAGAGUUUGUUCGAGGAAGCAAAAAGCCUGUUGCAGUGGCUCUUUGCGAGGCUGUCUGUCUUGCUCGCCUGAGAGAGGAACAGUGGAUGGCUGUAGGUGUAAGGAAAAGAAGGAAGGAGAUUUAUGUCCUGGUUAGAAAUUUAUGGUCCACGUCGUAUAGACUUGCUCUUGCUUCUAUCGUCCUGGAACAAUGGGAAGAUGAUGUUGAGUGCAUGUGAUUAGACGGGGUUUAUUAAGAUUGUUUACGGUAUUUAUGCAGAACUCUUCCAACAGAAUAAAGAUGAGAGAGAGAGAGAGAAGAAAGAAAGAACAAGAAAGAAGUUGCAAUUUCAUGUCUGAUAUGUAUUUUCCUUAAGAUUGUAUUUAUCCAACAGCAUAGUCUAGUUCAAAUUCUUGAGGAAACUUGGCCGCAUUGGUUUGCUAUUUCCUUCCCAUGCUGUCCAAGAUUUGAUUUCAUUAGUUCACUUCUUUUGUCUUGUUAAUGAAACCUGGUUCACAUAGAACCAUUUCUUUUU